GAAAAUUUCCCUCCAAGGAUUUUAACAGGACCAUUAACUGAGGUCAAUGUAACUGUCAACGAAACAGCUACUAUUAUUGUGACAGCAGAGGAUCCUAACAACGAUUCCUUGACUUUCACUUUAUCUGGAACACUUCCCGCGGGUUAUACAACGACAGGCGAUGCGUCGUCAAUAACUUUGACUUGGAGGGUCACCUCUGAGGAGGUAGCCGUUUGUUAUUGUAAAUCACGGUUUGUUUUCAGCCUGGUGUGGGGGGCUUCUGAAAAAAUAAGAUUUUGAUUUUUUUAUCCUUCUUUAAUACCUUUUUCAAAUAGAUCUCAUUUGUUCGUAUUUAUAUUUUCAUGCAGACUCUUUUGAGUAUUCUGUUUCAAAAUUCAUUUUGACAAGCACUUUACUUUUACAGAUCGAAGUAGACUUUAUUGUGUCGGAUGGAACUGCAACCACAGUCUUAAGUCCAGUCAUUUAUGUUUGCGCAUGUCUUAAUGAUGGAAGCUGCUUUCAUGAAGAAGAUAGCGAGGAAAACAAUGCCAACAACACAGAAAGAUUCAAUAUUCUCUCGUGUGCGUGUAAGGAUGGUUACACCGGAUCCUUUUGUGAUUCAGAUCUUGACGCUUGUGAAGAAAAUUCCCAGCCAUGUUACCCAGGCGUCACCUGUACUGAUUUACCGCCACCUGCAAACGAAACUGGAUUCCAGUGCGACCCGUGUCCAAGUGGUUACUCAGGAGAUGGUAUUGAUUGUACAGGUAUAUCAUAA